AUGACAGCAGCAUCAAGCACGUCCCCAUGUGCAUUACGCGUUGCUCGACGUGGAGAGGCGUCGCAGCUACACGAGCAGCAGCACGAGGAGCUGGUGGGACGAGAGGGAGUAGCAGCACAUGGGGAGGUGGCGGAGGAACAGGAGACGGCGGGGGGCGAGGCGGCUGCGGCCGCGGCGGCAGUGGAAAACGGCGCAACGGCGACUGAGUCGAAGGCGGCUGUGGCGGUUGAGGCUGCAGAUGCUGCGGGGCCGGAGGUGGUUGCUGCUGAGGCGACUGGGGCGGCGGUGGCAGUUGAGCUUGGCGGGCUUGACGCUGCCUUUGGCGGCGGCUCAGCUUCACCCUCUGCCAUCCCCCAGGCGUUGCAACCAGAGGUGCUGGGACCGGCAGUGGCUCUGGAACAGACAGAGGAGGCGGAGCUGGCGGUGUCACCAGAGCCUGUAACGGCGGCUGUGCUGGCUGCGGUGGUGACAGCGGCGGCAGGGGAACAGGACAGAGACCAGGCCGAGGAGGAUGAGCCGACCGCCGUUGUGAGCGCCAAAACAUCUGCUGCUGCCGAGGGCGCAAGCACGCAGGGGCACGGCCAGGAGGGGAGUGAUAGACGGGGUCACGGACCCGGCGUAGCUGCCCGCGCCGCCCGCGGGAAGGCAGGGAAGAAGAAGCUUCGAGCCCAACCAGCACCGAGGCGGCCCGGAGCAGGGCUGGGACCUGGUCCCCCAGGACCCCUCCUGGGCUGGCUUCUGCAAGGGCAGUUGCCACGAGCGCAAGGGCGUCAAUUGCCAUCUGCGGGGACGAGUGGUGGGGGCAUAGAAGCAGAGAACGGCAUUAGGCAAGCAACCACCGAGAACAACAACUCGCCAGCAGCCGCAGCAGUAGAAACAGUGGCGGAUCCUACGACUCAGAAUGAAGCAGAUGCUGAAAGGGGUGAGGACGGGGAGGAUUAUGAAGCUUCGGCCUCAAUGCCCUCGGAAGAAAUCUCGCUGGAAGAGGAAGGAGAGGGGACAACGAGAGGGGAGCGAGGGCGACGGGAGGAGAGGAGAAACCCUCGGGAGGAGAGAGUGAACGAGGAAGCCCCAAAUGAGGGACAGAGUGACUCAGGGGCCAGAUCACCAUCUGACUUGGCGGAUGACUCUUCCAUCUGGGAGCUGGCAGCCACGUGGGACAAAUAUCCACUCCAAAAAGGGGAUCAACCCUUCGUGGUACGCAGAAUGCCGCCCAAGAUCCUGGAGAGCUACACGCUCUGCCUCCUGGCGCCACUCAUUCGACUCUCGAAAAAAUCCUGA